AGCAAAGAGAUCAUAACUGGCAAAUUCGAACACAUUCCCUCAAACUAUAUGGAAUAUGAACAUGUGCUAUUCCAAUUUUCACGUCAUAGAAUAUAAAAAUCACCCAUGUUACUUCAUUUCUCUCAAUAUAUAUACCUCAACAUUGUCUGUUUCACAUUCAUUCAUAAAAGAAAGUGAUUUUUUCAAUACCCUAUACUCCAAAUUUGUUUUUAGAUACUAGUUACAAAAUUUUAAUUGGAGUAUCAUAAAGGAUAAACCAUUUUUUGUUGAUAUUGUUAGUUGUGAUGAAAUGAUGGAGGGUGGAAGUAGUUUUAGGAUUGGUAGUUUAUCAAUUUGGAGGAACACUGAUGCUGCUGAGAUAUUUUCAGAUUCUUUUCACCAAGAAGAUGAUGAAGAAGCUCUUAAAUGGGCUGCAAUUCAGAAUCUUCCUACUUUUGCGCGUUUGAGGAAAGGUUUGCUCACUUCACUUCAAGGUGAAGCUACUGAGAUUGAUAUCGAGAACCUUGGGUUGCAAGAAAGAAAAGAUUUGCUUGAAAGACUUGUUAGACUUGCUGAAGAGGAUAAUGAGAAGUUUUUGCUCAAACUCAAAAAACGAAUCGAUAGAGUUGGAAUUGAUCUUCCUACGAUAGAGGUUCGAUUCGAACACUUGAAUAUCGAAGCCGAAGCUCAUGUAGGAAGCAGAUCUUUGCCUACCUUCACUAACUUCAUGGUCAAUAUAGUAGAGGGCCUAUUGAACUCUCUGCAUGUACUUCCAAGUAGAAAACAACAGUUAAAUAUUCUCAGGAAUGUUAGUGGAAUUAUAAAGCCUUCAAGAAUGACAUUGCUUUUGGGCCCUCCAAGUUCUGGAAAAACCACGCUCCUGUUGGCCUUGGCUGGAAAACUUGAUCCAAAAUUGAAGUUUUAUGGAAAGGUGACUUAUAAUGGUCAUGAGAUGAAUGAGUUUGUGCCUCAAAGAACUGCUGCUUAUGUGGAUCAGCAUGAUCUUCACAUAGGAGAAAUGACUGUUAGAGAAACUUUGGCCUUCUCAGCAAGAGUCCAAGGAGUCGGGCCUCGUUAUGACUUGCUAGCCGAAUUGUCCAGAAGAGAAAAAGAUGCAAAUAUCAAGCCUGAUCCAGAUAUUGAUGUGUACAUGAAGAGAGAAUAUUUACUCAUGAAGCGCAAUUCAUUUGUCUACAUCUUCAAGCUUUGCCAACUGUCUUUAAUGGCAAUUGUUGCGAUGACCAUCUUCUUACGGACUGAGAUGCACAGAGAUUCCGUGACUCAUGGCGGCAUAUAUGUAGGUGCAUUGUUCUUUGGUGUUGUGGUGAUAAUGUUCAAUGGAAUGGCUGAAAUUUCCCUGGUAGUUUCAAGGCUUCCUGUUUUCUACAAGCAAAGGGGAUACCUCUUUUAUCCUCCAUGGGCAUUUGCUCUUCCUUCAUGGAUCCUAAAAAUCCCUUUGACUUUGGUGGAAGCUGCUGCUUGGGUAUUCCUUACUUAUUAUGUCAUUGGUUUUGAUCCAUAUAUUGGAAGAUUUUUCAGACAAUACCUUAUUCUUGUACUAGUACACCAGAUGGCUUCUGCGUUAUUUAGACUCAUUGCAGCAGUUGGGAGGGAUAUGAAUGAGGCUCUCACACUUGGAUCAUUUGUACUUGCCAUCCUUUUUGCUAUGAGUGGUUUUGUCCUAUCAAAAGAUAGUAUAAAAAAAGGGUGGAUAUGGGGAUUUUGGAUAUCACCUAUGAUGUACGGACAAAAUGCCAUGGUCAAUAAUGAGUUCCUUGGUAAUAGCUGGAAACAUGUUCUUCCUAACUCAACGGAGCCACUAGGAGUUGAAGUUUUGAAAUCUCGCGGGUACUUCACCGAGUCAUACUGGUACUGGAUUGGUGUGGUUGCUUUGAUUGGAUAUACAUUAGUUUUCAACUUUGGUUAUGUCCUUGCUCUCACUUUCUUGAAUCCACUCGGAAAGCAUCAAACUGUUAUUCCGGAGGAAUCUCAAAACAAUGAGCAAAAUGGUGCUAGCAGAAAUAGAACAAAUGUAUUGAAGUUCAUAAAGGAUAGCUUUUCACAGCACUCAAAUAGAGUGAGAAACGGAGAAUGUACAAGAGGAAGUGUCUCUCCUAGUACUUUACCUAGUAGACAGGAAACAGUUGCUGCAGAGACAAAUCAUAGUAGGAAAAGAGGAAUGGUUCUUUCUUUUGAACCACAUUCAAUCACCUUUGAUGAAGUUACAUAUUCUGUAGGCAUGCCGCAGGAAAUGAAAAACCGAGGUUUUGUUGAGGAUAAGUUAGUUCUUUUGAAAGGUGUCAGUGGAGCUUUCAGAUCAGGUGUUCUCACUGCUCUAAUGGGGGUGACUGGUGCUGGAAAAACAACUCUGAUGGAUGUGCUCGCUGGUAGAAAAACUGGUGGAUAUAUCGAGGGGAACAUCACAAUUUCUGGCUAUCCAAAGAAGCAAGAAACCUUUGCAAGGAUUUCUGGAUACUGUGAGCAAAAUGAUAUCCACUCUCCUUAUGUUACUGUCUAUGAGUCCUUGCUCUAUUCAGCAUGGCUCCGAUUGUCCCCCGACAUCAAUGCUGAAACCCGGAAGAUGUUCAUUGAGGAAGUUAUGGAACUUGUAGAAUUGAAACCACUACGAAACGCAUUAGUAGGACUGCCUGGUGUAAGUGGUCUCUCGACAGAGCAGCGCAAAAGGUUGACUAUUGCUGUUGAGUUGGUAGCCAAUCCUUCUAUUAUAUUCAUGGAUGAGCCAACAUCUGGGCUAGAUGCAAGGGCUGCAGCUAUUGUAAUGAGAACAGUUAGGAACACAGUAGACACCGGAAGAACGGUUGUUUGUACCAUCCACCAGCCUAGCAUUGAUAUAUUUGAAUCUUUUGAUGAGCUUUUGCUACUUAAGCAAGGAGGGCAAGAGAUAUAUGUGGGGCCACUUGGACAAUAUUCUUCCAAUUUAAUUGGUUACUUCGAAGGAAUCCAAGGUGUUAGCAAAAUUAAAGAUGGUUAUAAUCCAGCAACUUGGAUGUUGGAAGUCACAACUCCAUCUAAAGAAGUGGAAUUGGGGAUUGAUUUUGCAGAAGUGUACAAAAAUUCAGAAUUAUACGGUGAAAAGGAACAAGAUCUUUUUAAUGCCAUGGGGUCCAUGUAUGCGGCUGUUCUCUUAAUUGGCAUAAAAAAUUCUACUUCGGUGCAGCCAGUGGUUUCUGUAGAAAGAACGGUCUUUUACAGAGAAAGAGCAGCCGGAAAGUAUUCUGCUUUCCCAUAUGCAUUUGGUCAGGUUGUAAUCGAGCUUCCAUAUGUCUUUGUACAAACUGUGGUCUAUUGCUUUAUAGUUUAUGCUAUGAUUGGUUUUGAGUGGAAUGUGGCUAAAGUUUUGUGGUGUCUAUUCUUCAUGUAUUUCACCUUCCUCUACUUCACCUUCUAUGGUAUGAUGUCAGUGGCCAUGACCCCAAACAGCCACAUUUCCACUAUAGUUUCCUCUGCAUUCUAUGCUGUAUGGAAUCUCUUCUCAGGAUUCAUAAUCCCUAGACCAAGGAUUCCAGUGUGGUGGAGGUGGUACAGUUGGAUAAAUCCAGUGGCUUGGAGUUUGUAUGGAUUAGUGGCUUCACAAUAUGGAGAUAUAAAACACAACAUUGAUACCAAUGAUGGAAGACAAACAGUAGAAGGUUUUGUGAGGAAUUACUUUGGUUUCAAGCAUGAUUUUCUAGCAGUGGUUGCUGUUGUUAAUGUUGCAUUUCCAAUAGCCUUUGCUUUGGUGUUUGCCAUAUCAAUCAAGAUGUUCAAUUUCCAAAGGCGUUAAGGACACUCAACUCUUACUUCUGUAUAGGAAAUCCUAUAGGAUCCCAUAACCACCAUUAUUGUAUUUUUCUGAUUUACCUAUCAAAUAUUGUAUCAUCAUAGCUAGAGAUUAGAUAGUGUAAGUGACAUUAGACACAUACAAUACAGUUGAAUAAUUUUUUUUGUCCGUGAUGAAAUGAAAAAGUACCUCUUAAGGGUGUGUUUGAUCUACUAAAAAACAAGGGACUGAAUAAACGUGUGUUUGAUCUGCUAA